AUUAGAUUUGUCUCCGUGUGUGUGUGUGUGUGUGUAUAUAGAGUCUUAACCCGGCCCUGCCUACUUAGCACCGUGAAUCUACUUAACCCUAAUGAAUAUGGACUUUGGCCGGUAAUCAAGCAGGCAUGCUCGUUUAUUCCAUUGACAUAUACGGUUUAUUCAUUAGUAAAGUCUUUCAUACACUUUUGAAUCCGCGUCAUCCAAGUGUGGGAUCGCGAGUGGGCUCACCACUGGGAACAAUUACGCACACCUUCAUUCCAUGUAAAUUUAUACUCGCCAGCUGAACUGUCACACACACACGUUUGAAAGCUAAGUAAGUCGCAUAUUUACUGACCGGUUUAUCCAGAACUGAAAGGAUCGCUACAGUCUUACCAUGGCAAUAAACAUACAGCCGCCGAUUUCACUGUAGCAUAGACAGCAGUCAGUUCGCACGCGAGAAUCAGUGAUGGAUUGCUCAUGUCUGAUGUUUUCGCUUCGUCCAUAUGCAAUCAAAUGAGAAAAAGUGUUUCCCAAGGAUUUAAGCUUAUAUGUGUGUAAGAAUAUGGGACUGAGCAAUGUUUAUGGCAAGGCAAACCCGUUAGUGCAUCCAUAUCUGAGGGCCAAGCUGCCGUGCUGAAGGUGAACGCGCACAUGAGCGCGCAGACCGACUGGCGCUUGUCUUGUCGCGACUCGCCCGACGCUCAGCUCUACGCCCUGCCUGCUCCGUAGCUUCUCGUCUCGGCUACACACACUGGGAAGGGAAGCUGCAGCGAUGGAGUCCCAGUGUGAGUACUACAUGUACUUCCCGGCGGUGCCUAUUUCUGACCUCUCGGACCCAGCCCGCUACCGCUCGCUGCCGCGCCGUAGCCACCUCUACCUGGGCGAAACGGUGCGCUUUCUGCUGGUGCUGCGUUGCCGCGACGGAGACGGCGAUGGAACUGGAGACGCACCCAGGGUCCGGAUUUGGAAGGAGCUGGCGGGCAACCUCUCGGCUGUGGCCAGCGUAAGCCCCGGGGACAGCAGGCAGCCCCCGCACUAUGACUAUCCCGGCGGAGGAGAUGAACCCGGUUUGCAGGGCGCCGACGAGCAAACGGAUGACGAGGAGGAAGCGGCGACGGCCUGCAGAACCAGGGGCUUCCGGGACUGCAAACCCCUAUUAAUCCACAACAGCAGCCGUCCGCUCCCACUUCAGUCUCCACUUGAUGAGCCAGUAGUAUUGAGUGAUGAAGUCAUCUUCCCCCUGACGGUCUCUCUCGACAAGCUGCCCGUAGGAACAGUAAAAGUCAAGAUUAUUGUGACAGUAUGGAAGCGAGACAUGGAGAAAGCAGAAGUUCAAGAGCAUGGCUAUUUAACAAUCCUUCAGAACUGCAGUCCUUCUCUCACUUUUCGAGAAGAUCUGAACACUUUCAAGGCCCAAGUAAGCACAACCUUAACGGUGUUACCGCCUCCCACAGUGAAGUGCCAACAGAUGACCGUGUCUGGAAAAUACCUCACCAUCCUGAAAGUGUUGAACACAUCCUCCCAGGAGGAGAUCUCCAUUCGAGAUGUUAAAAUUCUGCCAAACUUCAAUGCCUGCUACCUUCCCAUGAUGCCAGAUGGCUCUGUGCUUCUUGUGGACAAUGUGUGCCAUCAGUCAGGUGAUGUGGCCAUGGCAUCCUUCUACAGAGUGGACAGCCUUUCUAGUGGUCUUCCUACCACACUCAGUGCCCUGGAGGAGCAUAACUUCCUUUUUAAACUUCAGGUUAAUGAACGACCACAGGAGGACGUAAAAGAGGGUCUUGAAGUUCCUCUGGUUGCAGUGCUCCAGUGGUCUACACCAAAAUUGCCCUUUACCAACUUCAUUUACACACAUUACAGGUUACCCAGUGUUCGCCUUGACCGCCCUCGCUUUGUGAUGAUGGCAUCCUGUGAGUCUCCAGUGGCAGUAAGGCAGAGAUUCCAAGUCCAAUACACUUUGCUCAACAAUUUACAGGACUUCCUGGCAGUAAGGCUGGUGUGGACCCCUGAAAGUGCCAUCACUGGAAAACUGCAUUCACAAGAAGAAUCCAGAGCCUCUGAAGCUGCACUCAAUGCUGUUGUGUGCCACACACCACUCAGUAAUUUGGGCUACUGCAGGAAAGGAAGCACUCUCACUUUCAAUGUGGCAUUCCAGAUACUGCGAGCAGGUCUAUUUGAGUUAAGUCAGCAUAUGAAGUUAAAAUUGCAGUUUACAGCCUCUGUCUCAAACCCACCUCCAGAAGCACGUCCACUUUCACGCAAGAACAGCCCCAGCAGCCCGGCGGUCAGAGACUUGAUGGAGAGACAUCAAGCAAGCUUGGGACGAUCCCAGUCAUUCAGCCACCAGCAGCCGUCGCGCUCUCAUCUCAUGAGGACUGGCAGUGUAAUGGAACGCAGAGCAAUCACCCCUCCAGUGUCGUCACCCAUUGGCCGACCGCUGUACCAUCCUCCUGAAAAGGCCGUCCUUUCCCUGGAUAAAAUUGCCAAGCGAGAGUGCAAGGUUCUGGUAGUGGAUCCUGUGAAAUAAUUACUGUAAGAGAGCCGAACAAGCCUGGGGUCAAGUCAAGAAGCUAAUGAACUGCUGCUUUUGCCAGGGGCACCAGCUUGGUGAGAGAGGGUGAAAUGGACUUGGAAGGCAAAAAGCAGUAAUUUCUUUUUAAACAAUGUUUUAACCUGUUCUGGCGGCCAUAUGCUGAAUACCCAAUACUUUCCAUUUGAAUUUAGAGUAAUGCUGCAGAGCAAAGUAGUCAUGAUCACCAGAGGCUUUCUUGUGCAUUAUAGGACAGUCUAAGCCUCUCACAAAGUUGUAUUCACGUCAAGUGUUUGCGCUCACUCACUGCAUCCUAGGCUUUUGCAGUAUGGCGUUGAGGAGGACGAGGAUGGAGGCAGUGUCGGCCGUUUCAGCAGAGCUUGUAGCCCAUUCACAGUGCUUUAGUAUCUGAGGCUCCAUUUCUACUGUUACCUUAAACUAGAAGCAGGCCUUCUUGUCCCUAUCCAAGCCUCAAAUGGUGGUCAAACUUUAAGCAUUUCAGUACAUGUUAAGCUGUGCUUCCUUGUUACUUCCAACACCUAAAAGAAAGCUGACAGACCAGCCACAUUGGCACUGGACAGAUGUAUUGGUACUGUAUUGUCCUGCAGCCUGGACUGGGCCUCUACAAGUAUUAAAACGGCAUCAGGGUUGUGAGAGAUCUGGAACCAAGUAGCCACAAACAAGACUGGACUUCUGGAAAUCUGUAGGUGGACACAGAGUAGCAGGGCACAGAUUGUCUGUUGUCCUCUCCUCUCCUCGCAAAUAAGUUGUGAUGCUUUGGUGUCCAGUUUUUGCUGUCUUUGUUUUGUGUUUUUUUAACAUGUUUCUUUAGUUUUAUCUUGCAGUUGUCUGGUACAAACUGUAAGAAUUAUGCACCUUGGUGACAGGCUGCCUAGUCGCUAAAGGAUUUUACUGUUUUCAUGGUUACUGAACUUGAAUAACAUGUUCCAUGUUUACAUUUCAGCUGUAGAUUUCUUGUAAACGUGGACAAAUUGAGGGCUUCUGCAAGCCCUCAGGAACAUACAUUCUGAGACCCAUGAGCACUCCCAACACAGCCCGUUUUUUCUUGAGUUAUGUUGUUUUCUGCUCAGGUUCCUACACCAGAGUUAAUUGAGGUCUGGGGUCCAUUUGUUUAUACACGUACGGGAUCCAAAAACUGGAAAUGUAUUUAAAGAUUAAAGUAGGAAGGAUUUUUGUACUGUUCAAUGCAUCGUUAAGUCAAAUCAGUUUUCUGUGACUACUGCUGACCCACAUCCUUCACUGCUAUGUACACAAUUCUGAAGCCCAUAUGUGAACUCUUUAUUACCUCUUAACUCAAGAUCUUUAUUCUGAGGUCCAAUGUCUGAUUGACUCCAUCUUAUUUCUGAAGACAUCCUCUACACCUGAAGCCCAUCUUGUGACUCUGUUCCAUUUUUGCCCUAAAGCCAGUGUGAUUGCACUGAUUGUCCAUUUAUAAAGCCACGUUUAUAAUGUUUUCUGUCACACACACACACACACACACACACGCACACACAUCCAGUUCUCUUUUUCUGCAUGCCCACUGACUGUGCCUGACCUCUCACUCCCCCUUCUCUCAAUUCACUGCAUCCACAUUGUUCUGCCUUCAGAACAUCUCUGUCCCAUUUCUCAAGGCUGAUGUGUAAAUCUCUGCUCUCUUUAUAUAGUUCAGGCCCAGUAUGACUGCACUCAUUAAUCUGAAGCCGACAGACAAGCUAUACUCUGUCCCAUUUCUGAGACCCCAUCUCUAAACCGUUGCCUCCCCUACUCUUGAUGCUCAGUAUCUGACUCCACUGUAUUCUUACUUUAAGUGCCCAGAGAGUGUGAACUUUGUAUUCUAAAACCCACUUUUAAGGUCCUAUCAUCUUAUUGCAUCUCUUCUCUUUUAAGAGGACCACGUCAUAAGACUGGCCUGGUUGCAAGAAUUAUGACCCCCCGGUGUGAUUUCGCUCUGUUCUUUAUUUUGGGACUAACUUCACACACACACACACACACAGACACACACACACACACACACACACAAUCACAGUCUCCCACCCCAACAUCCCCUAAGUUCUGGACCUCCAUUAGUGGGGUUCAUUAUCAGUCUUCAGCAGAGAUUUCAAUACUGUGCAUUGCUGCGGUGUAAGUCUCUAUGUACCCUUCUUCCAAGUCCAUGUUUGGCCACAUUACUAGGUGCCAUCCUAUGCUCGGUCCUCUGCUCAAUCCGCCAUUGUAGUUUGCACUCCAGAUUCUCUAAGAGUCGAGCAUGUUCUUGUAAUAUAAAAGGCGCUAGUCUAACUGACCUCUGCCUGAAAUACGGGGGUCCUCACUGUAACUUUCUUUACACAAUGCUGUCAGAUGUCACCAACCUGCAUUUCUUUUACAUUAUUAAGUCUGUCGUGUUUUUCAGUUCAUGUCUGAUUUUAUUUUGCUCUACUGUAAAAUUUGGUGAACCAGGCAGCUGUUUAGGGCCAAUUUACUUACUUACAUUUUUACAUAGGAAAAAUGCUGCCAUUUAUAAAAAAAGUUUUUAAUUUUGUGAGUUUAUUUUUAAUUUUUGGAAUGAAUUUUAUUUUUUUGUCUUUAAGCACUUUAUUUGAGUUUUAAUUUAUUUAAUACUGUGAUAUUUUAAAAGUUGUUUUAAAGUCUUAACUGCUGUGUAGCUUUUGUCAGAUGCACUGGAUGCCCUCACAGUAACUGGAUAUGCAUGAAUCAUGGGAAAUUCAGCAUUUCUCCUGCUAAUUGGUUUACUCGAGGAUUGGUUUAAUAAACCUGAUGAGGAAAGAGAAGCGGUAACGUAACCUUUUCUGAUCAUUUUUGGUGUU